AUGGGCUUCACGCAUUAUCCAUUUGUGAAGAAAGAAGGUGGGGAUCCGAGGUCUUCUCCGGGUCAUGAAGAGGUGCUCAGGUUUCUUGAGGAUUUUGCUAGGGACUUUGGGUUGAUGGAGUUGAUUCGAUUUGGGCAUGAAGUGAUUCGGGUGGAGCGAGUUGAUGAGACGAGUCACAAGUGGAUCGUUGAGUUUAGGACUCGAGAGACCGAGCCAAGAUGGGAGGAGGUGUUUGAGGCUGUAGUUAUUUGUAAUGUUGACAGUAGUAGUGCUCAUCGGAGAUUCAGCAAGUGCCCAAUCCAUGACAUUCUAAAACAGAUCGCUUCUGUUGCGAAACAAGUUCAUCAGGCUAUUAGAGGACCUAGUUUCCAGUUGAAAAGACUGGAAAAUCAUGAUAACGUUUUGCAACAUUCAAUGAUUGAAUGUACACAUAAAGAUGGUAAGGUGUUAUUUCAAAAUGGAUCAAUUGUCAACGCAGAUGUUAUUCUUCAUUGCACUGGGUAUUUAUUAGGAGAUAUAAUUUAA